UAUUUAUUCCCAAACCCUAGCCUCUGGUUCGCCCUCCGUGCGACCUGGCAGUGGUGGCUGCAUCCCACAGGAGCAGCAGGAUCGUCGCCUUCUUCCAUUCCCUCGCCUGUAUCUCCUUCUUCCUUCCGCGCUUUGCAUUCUUCUCGACAACACCAUCGUAUUGCAGGAGCGAGGAAUUAUUGUGAGCGCAGAAGCGACAAGCAUAGCGGUGGGUCUUCGACGCUGAGGUUUCGGCAGCGCCGACUUCCCGGGAAGAUCUGGAAAACUGCAGCCGCCAGGCGUUUGCUUUCCAGCAAGAAGCGACUACGCCCAACUGUAAUCGAGGCUUCUAAUCAGGUGAUCUGCUGAUAUAAUAAUGCUGAAAGAGGCAACCUUUUUCCGCUUCUUGAAACUUGUAGGGGUUGGCUUUAAAGCGAGAGCUGAAUCAGAAGGCCGUCAACUGUUUCUGAAACUCGGUUAUAGCCAUGAGGUGGAGUUUGCUGUCCCUCCUGCCGUCCGCGUUUUCUGCUUCAAAAACAACAUAAUCUGCUGCACGGGGCUCGACAAAAACCGAGUGCACCAAUUUGCUGGUGCCGUUCGGUGCUGCAAGCCUCCAGAAGUUUACAAAGGCAAGGGUAUACUCUACAUAGACGAAGUGGUAAAGAAAAAACAAGGUAAGAAAUCGAAAUGAAGACCCUGCCUCUUUCACUUUCAGCUCCUUGGAUUUGAACAAAAUAUUAUGAUCCUUUCAAUUAUCAAUAACCAUAUGCCCCUCGGCCAAACUUUCUUAA